AUGCAUUUGCUUCGAAACGCCGCCACCAUUUGCCUGCUGCUGCUGGGAUUAGCGAUGUGCAAUGCACAAUCGGAACCAACGGAUUCCAUCCCAUCCCAAACUAAUACGACAACAACGGCAGUUCCACCUACUACUACUACUACGACGACGACAACAACAACCACCACUACAACAACAACACCAAAGCCGACUACUACCACCCCUACAACUACAACGGAACCUGCCCCAACCACCACGACCGUUGCACCGGCCCCGAAACCCGUCCCGGAACCGGACAUGGGUAACUGGAGCUACUCGGCCCAAAACGAAACAUGCGUCAUUGCUCAGAUGGCCAUGCAAUUUAACCUGAGCUACUUCGAUGCCAACGACAAACCGGUGAACGUACUGUACAAUCUACCGAAGGAUGCAAUUGUUAAAUCUGGCCAGUGUCAGAACUUUACCGACUACAUCGAGCUUAGCUGGGCGAUGGACAAGCAGAGCAACAAUUACAGCUCACUGCGUAUCGAUUUCACACAAAACGCAACUGAGCAUGAGUUCGCUUUCACUGGGUUGCUGCUACAGUUGGCUGUAGUUGGCGAUUCGUUCCCAAAUGCUAAGCCGCUACAGCAGCUUGUGCUACGCAACAACCAGACACUGUUUAAAACGCCGCUGGAAAUGUCGUACCAUUGCAACAAGGCUCAGCAGUUGAACCUGACCGCAACUCCUGCUGGGCUCGGUCUGCCAACCGUGACCGUCACCAAACUGCAGCUGGAAGCAUUCCACCGGAAGAACAAUAACAAAUUUUCGAUCGCCAAGGACUGCGAGGCUAUCGAUACGCCGGAUAUUGUGCCGAUCGCGGUCGGAUGCGCUUUGGUAACGUUGAUCAUUAUCAUGCUGAUCGCCUAUCUGGUCGGACGUAACGCUGCCUCCAAUAGCGGAUAUCUGAGCAUGUAA